AUGGUCCGAGAGACCUCAGAAUCCCCAUUGGCGCAACGAUCUAUGAUGCUUGCGGGACAGGGGUUUGGUCACUGGCCAGCCCGUGUUCAGAGAGAGCACUGUCACUUCAUGUCUUUCUCACAACACUUACUCUGCCUCUGGAUCCUCUUACUGAAGACUCUUACAGAUGGUGUAUUGGUGAUGUCGAUUUGCCGGACUUUAAUUCCGCAAAAACUUGGGAUAUCCUACGAUCAAGGGAACAUGAGAAACCUUGGGCUUCUUCAGUUUGGUUCAAAUGUGCUACUCCUAGGAACUCUUUCACAAUGUGGACUGCACCUCUGGAUCGUCUUCCAGUUCGUAGCAGGCUUGUCUCCUGGGGAAUGCAGAGACUAUCUGUUUCAAACAGUGUAUUUUCUUCAUGGGAAGACCUUAUCAUCUGGACAACUAGGAGCCGUAAUGCUUCCCCUUCAAUGGCUUUUGAUCUAUGCAAUCUGGAGGCAGAGAAAUAACUUCCUUCACAACGUCAUUCCAAUCCCGCUGCUCACCAUCUUCAAAGACAUUGACCGGCAGAUCAUUAACUCCAUCAACGCAAGAAGAUCCAGGAAGAAUUUCCGGAAUCUCAUGGGCUUAUGGCUCACUUGA